UACCUUAGUAUACGUUAUGUUGGACUACUGAAUGCUGUGUACGUGUGCAAGGCACACCGUCAGUCUCAGUGUCAGAUGCGGCGUGAGUGAGAUCCUCUAUGAGCAUGUUGGUUGACCUUGGUUCAACAUAAUGACCACAAUAGAUGUGAUUUUUUUUUGCGAUGUUUGAUCAUAUGAGGGGAUUAGUAAUGAGUGUUUUAGGCAAUAUCAUGUUGUCCGCAAGAAGCUGGAUAACUGUGAUCGUAGCUGUCAUGCUGGACGCCAUCAUGAUUGCUCGUUUAUAUGCCAUGUAUCAUGGAUCUAGAAAGAUGCUUACCUUUCUCGUCGUAAUCUUCCUGGCUGUAAAUAUUUCCUGCGGAGUGAUAGCGGCGAUGAUAUUGAAGCAUGUUGUCGGGGAGGAGGCGAUACUUUCUGGCACCUAUACAUGCAGUUAUAACUUCGAGGGAAAUUACAAACUUCUCUCAGUAAUAACUUGGAUCAUCACAGCUGCAUGGGAGGUCCUUGCACUGUGUCUUGCACUCUGGAUUACUGCCAAACAACUCCGUGACUUGCGACGACUUGGAACAUCGAUAGGAUCAACCAUCGGAGACUGUCUGAUCAAAUCUCACUUGAUUUACUUUGCAGGCUUUCUUGCUGUUGCUUGCCUCGAGCUUGGCCGUAACUCUUCACAAAUCUCGGCCUCUACUACCAUAGAAACUCAGAUAUAUGAAGGCAUUCUUCAAUUUUUCUUGAACGUGCAGAUGUUUGUGAUGGGACCACGCCUCAUUCUUAGCGUCCGAGAAUAUAGCGUUAAGCUCGUGAACGAGUCCGACACAAGCAUGUACAUGACUUCGCCUGCCUUCCAGGAACGUACAUACGUGUCAACUAGUAGUACCGUGUAGACCAGCAUAGGAUUACGCAUCACUUCAGCUUCACGUAUGUAGUAGGAAACAGCUAGUACUUUGUCACAUAAAUUGCAG